AUGGUGGCCCUGCGCAAUGAGGUGGAGUCUAAGGUCCCUGGCUGGAUUCAGCAGGUCUUUCAUUUGAAGCUAGGGGAGGUGCAGGCCCAGCUUCGUGACCUAGAGCACCGAAUCCUGAGGUAUGUGACAGAGGAGCAGGAUAAGUGUGCGAGCAAAGCUGCUGCCAUCUUGAGGCUGAGCCUUGUGAAGGAAGGAGUGACCAGGGGUGACAAAGGAGGUGAGGUCUGCCCCACUCGCUAUCUUCCUGGCUGGGGUCACUGGUUUGCCCUGAGAGGAGCUGCCAGGAGGGAGGGGGAAACCCUGGCAGACCAGGAAGUACACCAGAUCGUAGAGCAGGCACUGAAAAAGUACAGUGCAGAUCGCAUCGGGCUGGUGGAUUAUGCCCUGGAAUCUUCAGGGGCCAGCAUCGUCAGCCGCCGCUCGUCACAGACUAUGAUGAGGACGGAGUGGUCUGGCCAUUUCACUCUUUUUGGCAUCCCCUUGUGGCGCUAUUUCCAGUCCCCAAGACUCAUCCUCCAGCCAGACGUCUACCCUGGCAACUGCUGGGCAUUCAGGGGCCACCAGGGCUUCGUCGUGGUGCGCUUGUCUGCCCGCAUCCAGCUCACUGCCAUCACCUUGGAGCACGUGCCAAAAGCUCUGUCCCCAACCGCUGACAUCCCCAGUGCCCCAAAGGACUUUGUCAUCUUGGGGCUAAAUGAAGAUUCUCAGGCAGACGGGGUGGCCCUCGGGCAGUUCACCUACGAUAAUGCUGGGGAGGCCAUUCAGACCUUCCACUUGGAGGGCAACGACACAGCCCCUUACCAGCUGGUAGAGCUACGAAUCCUCAGCAACUGGGGUCACCCUGACUAUACGUGCAUUUACCGCUUCAGGGUCCAUGGGAAGCCUGCCACUUAGCCCCGCCCCAGCCUGCUGCCUUCACCCCUUCCUCCUUCAGCCGCCACAAAGCAGCUGUCUCACCUCGUUCUCCCUGCCCCCGCUUAAUCUCUUCUGCCCACUGUGCCUUCUGGGACAGAGACAAAACCUUCGUGGAGCCCUCUUGCCCCACCAGGCCCACUCAGAGAUGGAGAAGACAACCGGCUGCGCCUUUGCUUCUCACAAGGCCAACAACCUGGAUUUGGGGGAAGUUUUAACCCAACAUCACCUGCAGUGGCAUUUAGAAACAGCUCGUCAUCUUGCGUUGUAGCCAUAGCUAGUUGGCCCCUUGUACCCACUGGGGUUUCAUUUCCACUGCAGUGGAAGUUAGUACUGUUAGAUAGAACAUUAGUCGUGGGUUAGAUAAAGCUGACAAAGAAGGGGGCUCCGAGUGCAGCCAGGGGCCAUGGGGAGAGCUCCUUCCCUUCUACUCCUGCUACCAGGUUUCUCCUGCCUUCCUCGGGGGCCCAGAGACUCUACAUUUCCACUUUAGCCAUGCCUUCUUCCACCUGCUGACCUGAAGCUCAGUCACUGUGGUCUCUCCUUUGGGACCAUCAGCUCCAGUGCUUAUGGCUCUGGUGGGGAGGAGACUGGCCAGGAGCCUGAGGAGAAGGGUCCUUGCCUGGCCUCUUGUAGGGUAGGCAUUGAGUCAAAGCUGCCCUUUAUCCCUGAGCUGCACCUCACAUGGCCCAAGUGCCUCUACAGGGAAACAGGGCAUUGGAGGCUCCUCAGGCUCUUCCUCUGACCUCUGAAUCUAGUUGCUUUUGAGCUUGGUUAGCAUAUGAGCAGGUAUUAAGUUUAUGGGGAUAGGGGUUGGGUUGGGGGGAGCUUUUUGCAGUUAAGGCUGGUGUGGGAGAGGGAAGGCAAAUGUUUUGGCCCACUGAACCUCAGAUUAUUAUGCAUAGAGAGAGAAGUGUUUCUAUUGGUACAGAGAUGUAGUUCAAGGGUCUUUUUUCUCAGAUAGAACAGCUAAGGGCUUCAUUUCUGGCUGCCUCCCUGUAGGCCCAGAGUUAAAUUCACUGCAGCCCCAGCUUCCCGGGGCAGGGACCCCGUCAAGCACUGAUGCCCACAAUGGCAUCACAGCCCUUUCUCCCUCUUACCAUCAGGAGGGAAGGCAGCGGUUCACACCACAGGGCUGGCCACUGGGUCCUGAAGCCAGCAGAGGGGCCCACUCUUCUCUAGGUUUCAGGGACCAGCAGCAGCAGGUGCGGGGCUGACCCCAGCUGCCCCUCACACCCGUCUGCUCCCUCUGCUUUUGUCCCCUCCCCAGGAAGCUGGCAUUUCAGGAGCUCUACAUAGGAACCUCCAUAGAGGGCCUUCGCUCUUUCCCAUCACAAAGAUUACUGUUGAAUUCUCUAGUUGUGUUUUGUAGUGGAUAGAUUCUCAUUCAUG